AUGGAAUCUGCCCCGCGCAUUACCCCCGAGCUCUUGAGUUGGGUGCAAUCAGCUUUGGCACGCGAGCUCCAGGCUUUGGAGAGAGGCCACGAAGCCGUCGUCGAGCACCUUCAUGUGCUGGCGAAAGCGUCGGACACGCGGUUGCAGACACCGGAGAAGCCGGAACUCGAGCUUGGAGAAAUAAGCAUUGUUGAACACGAUGCCUCGGAGCCUUUCCAGUUUGAGAGCGAGCGGAGUGUCGCACCAACGAAAAGCGAAGCCAAAAGACCGACCACGAUCAGAAGAAGUCCGUCUUCAUUGAAAGAUUCCUUGACAUUGGAUGAUGGGCCGCAGAAGCCCUUUUGGCAUCCAGACCGCUUUGUGCAGUCCUGCGGCUUUGAGGUUUUCUUCUCCUUCCUCAUAUUUCUGCAAGCUGUGAGCAUGGCGAUAGAGGUGCAGUUCACGGGAUUGCAGUGGGGCUAUGAGCUCCAGUAUGCGGGCUACACCGUCCCUGCGUCGGAGGCCUGGCCAGGAGUGCCUGCAUUUCUUCAAGCCAUCGAGAUGUUCUUCGGGUGUUGUUUCUUCAUGGAGAUGGUGCUGAAGCUCUGUGGCCUUGGAAGGGAGUUCUUCCACGACCUCUGGAACUGGUUUGACUCGUCACUGGUGAUGCUUUGGCUCGUUGACACGCUCCUCACAAGUCUCCCGAUUGAGACGCCUUUCCUGAGGUUGAUACGGUUGAUGAGAUUGAUUCGGCUCGUCAAACUUGUGCGAUUUGUACAAGGUUUCGACUCCUUGAUUGUGAUGACAACGGCUCUACUGCACUCCGUGAACGCAUUGCUCUGGGUUGCUGUUAUCAUGAUGAUGGUUCAGCUGCUGUUCGCACUUCUGCUUAACCAAGUCUUGAUGACAUUUGUUACGUCAUCCAUGUUUGAGUUCUCUGUCGACGAGCAAACGCAGUUGUUUGAGUACUUCGGCACUUUUCCCAGGGCUAUGCUGACAAUGUUUCAGAUGACCCUCGGCACAUGGGUUCCAGUCGCUCGCAUUCUGCAGGAGGUGGUCAGCCCCAUAUUCAACUUGUUUACCAUUCUGCAUAAGGUGACGGUCGGUUUCGCGUGCAUAGGAGUUAUCAAUGGUGUCUUCAUGCAAGAAACUAUGCGAGUGGCACAGACAGACGAUGUGAUCAUGAUGCGGGAUGUGGCCAGGAAGGAGAAGAUCCAUAGCAAGAAGAUGAAUGACUUUUUCCAGUACACGAACCGCUCGGGUUCCACCAUCACCAGGUCGGAAUGGAAUGCAGUGAUGGGAAACGCCGGUGCCCGGCAUUGGUUUGCAGCCCAAGGCCUCCCAAUGCAAGACCCUGACCUAGUGUUCGACCUCCUCGACCAGGACAAGAGCGAGUGUGUCGGGAUGGAGGAACUGCUCAGAGGG